AUGAAGGCGAAGAAUGAGAAGUGUUUGUUUAGAAAGCAGGCAAAUGUCACUAGGGUACACGACCACAAAGGUAAUCACCAAACGACGAAUCCAGCAUGGGCUGCGCUGUGCGUGGAGCGACAAUUUCUCGAAGUGACGACGGAGAGAUUGGUCGCUCUCCAAACGACGCUGAACAAAGAGUGUUACGAAGUGAAAGCUCAAGUUGCGGUACGGAUGUCGGAAGAACGUCUCAAAAUUGAGGAAGAACGCCGUAUGUGGACGGAACAAGUGUUAAGCGACCGUAUGCUGCUGGAGGAGGAGCGACGCGCGAUGGUGGGGUCCAGUGCCCUGACGGAGUCUUAG